AUGGAACCAGCACGUGUCCAUGGUAUGUGCCAAAGAAAGCAAAAUGCUCGGCUUCAUUAAAAGAUCAUCAAUGGAUAUUCGCAACGAGAAAACCUGCCUUGCGCUUUACAAGACAAUGGUGCAAAGCCAGAUGGCAUAUUGCACACAAAGUUGGUCACCACAGUCGGUAUCACUUAUCCUUCAAGUAGAAAACGUCCAACGUCGCGCCACCAGAUACAUUUUAUCACUGCCAUUCUUGUCAGGAGUAUCAUACAAAGAUAGACUUGUCAAAAGUGGUUUACUACGUACCAUUAACAUACUGGCAUGAAUUCCUGGAUAUGGUCUACCUUUACAAUGCGUUAGUUCUAUCUAAUGACCAUAAUAUCCAUGUAAAGACAACAGAUCGGUUGACGAGAGAAAAUGAUGGAACAGCAAAAAUUAUAUUACAAGUUCCUAGAGUAAACACUUUAACAUUUCAGAACAGUUAUUACUGCGGAUCACCCAGGACUUUUAACUGUUUACCAUCACACUUACGGUAGUCAAAUCUCUCAAUCAGUCAAUUUAAAUGCGGCCUAUUUAAAUAUCACCAAAAACUUGUUGAAGAGGUCUACGACAUUGAUGAACGUUCCACAAACGUUAAAACAGUGUGUGUAAAGUGUCACUUGUGUCGUCCCUUGUGCAGUCUUUCUGUCAAACUGUGUUGUCAAUAGUUGCUGUUAACCCAGUGAAAAUAUAACUUUGUUAGUGAGCAUGUGAAAUUUAAAUUAAAUUCCUUUUUUCGAUCCACAUGAUUAGAAUUGCUCAGGACCACAUUAAAUCAAACGUCUCAGUGAUUAGCGAUUUUGAAGCGAUAUAUCCACUGUGUUAACCUAUAUUUCAGUAUUGCAUUAGCAGGUUACCCGUAAAGGAGCAACUAGCUCUGUGGGUUAAACCGGUCAUGUGACAAAGAUUGUAAAAUAAAAUAAAAAUAAAUAAAUCUUGCACACGUCUAUACUUUAUGUGUAAUGUGUCGAGAAUACGUCUUCCCUCCGCACUCAUCAAUAACAAAGGCGAGUGCAACUCCAGUAAGUGACAGUUGAGUGCGCUUGGUGAAUACAAAUCAAGCAACAUUGUUUGAGUGUGAGUGUUCGCUCAAUGAGUACAACAAUGCACUCUCCCUCCACUCAAACUUACCCUUCAACCCCACUUGAAGUCUUGAAUGCUCCUCACUGGAAUGCCACUCAAGUGUGAGCGUGAGUGUGCUUCUAGAAUACAGGCGAUAGUCGGAUAGAGCUUUAUAUAGUAGAACAAAAUUCAGUAGAUUCUAUGAGUAGAUGCGCGCAAGGUACUCAACACUGUCUGCUGGGAAUUUUCCCCUCCCCCUCCCCAAAGUUUCAUCGGAUUAGAACGUAUAUUAACCUACACUGAGAAAGACAUUGGGGAGGCGGGCCGACUGCAUCUCACACGCCCCUCACCCCAGCUCUGCGUUUAGGCGUGGGUUAGUCAACAUACAGAUUGAAACUUUAAAAUCAUCUUCUUGUUACAGACCGUGUAAAGUCCCGCAGUUCAUGCAAGGUGUGCGGAGAUCGAUCUUCAGGGAAACACUACGGCGUCCUCACCUGCGAUGGUUGUCGUGGUUUCUUCAAGAGAAGCGUGAGAAGAAGCCUCAGCUACAACUGUAAGAAUUUCAGCGACUGUGUGGUUGACGUGAGCAGACGUAACCAGUGUCAAGCAUGCCGACUGAAGAAAUGUUAUGAAGUACAGAUGAACCCAGAUGGUAAGCUUACCGCACACGAAAGAAACUUACUGAGCUAACGCCACGAAUGGCGAGCAGCUCAGCUAUGCAUUUUCACCGCACACAUUGGGAAAACUACUGAACAGCAACACCUUUGAUAAGAUCGUUUGAAUUUCCCCAACGUCACGGAAAACUAUGGGUUCUCGUUGGCAAGUUAAUUAAAGCAGCUCUGCACUAAGCUCGCAAAAUCCGCAGACGUUGGGAUUUUUUCCUCGCGAGUUGGAAAAAUAUGAAACACGAUAGAUAUUUUCAUCAAGGCCUCAAGGGAUUAAAUCCUCAGAAAAACUGUGGGCACACGAGAGGAACAUGGUGAGCUAGUCGCCACGCAAGUUUUUCUCGUGUGCGACAGGCUGUAGGUGUUCAGUAUCGCAGCCCAGGAUCUAACAAAGUGAAUCUAGAAAUACUUUUAUAAUUAGCUUAACGAAUUUCUAUUACUUGAGUUAGGUAUGUGUUAUCCUAUUUCAACCAAACUGCAUGUACUAUAGGAAUACCUUGCUUCCAGAUUAGCAUAUGAUAGGUGUCUAGCUUUCCAAUUUGACAAAAUAAAUAAUCUACUAAUACCAGUCAUUAACUGGGUAUCCAACUUGAUUAGCUUAUAGUUAUUUUGGAUUAUCGGUGACCUACAUCAUUGGUUUAUUUAUUUAAUAAAGAAAUUGUGGUAAAUAGCGGUAGUACAAUUUCGUUUUCAUUUUAUACAGCUGUGCAGCACGAACGAGCCCCACGAUCAAUCUCCAAAGGCAAAGGUUCAUUUACAGGGGCAAGGAAGAGCUUGGAAGGCCGAAGAGAACGGAGAAAGAAAUCGAUUUCCAAAGUGAAAUACGAAAAAGAACAACUCAGUUCGGAACCAAACUCGCCAUAUUCCUCCCCAAUAUCUCCUGAACAGUGGAACGAACUUGAAAGCAGCGCAGACAUCGUUUUCUCAAAUUUUGAUUCUCACUCGAAAAAAGAUGAGGACGAACCCCAUUUGUCAUGUAAUGAUACGACCAAUGGCGAUAGCAAAUUGAUAAGUGACGUUCUGGACGUUACCAGCGAGAAGCGUAAUAUGGAACAGCUUGAUAAAAGCAAUAAAAAUAUGCAAUACCUCGAACAUGAUACGGGGAAAAACAGUGAGAAUUUUCAAAUAUCGAACAGCAGCACCGAAGGGGAGAGUUCUACUAAUUACGACGAGAAUAACAGCAAAAACAGCAAUGAAAAUCAAAAUGAAGUCAUUGAGACGAACAUGAACAAUAUUAACGACCACGACAACAGCAGUGAAGUAAAACGGAUGAGUACCCAAGCAAAUCACAGCUAUAACACAUCUGCAGUGCCAAAUUUUGGUUUUUGUAGCGAACAAAGCGUACAUUCUGAGUUGUGCCCACCCACUUCGUUUUCCCUCUACGACUCGUCCAUACAGUUACUUUACAUGUCCGUGAGUUGGGCACGCAACAUUCCGAUGUUCAUGGAUUUACCAUUCCGAGAUCAAGCUAUUUUGCUUGAAGAAGCUUGGAGCGAGCUGUUUCUGCUCAAUGCUGUUCACUACUUCCUGCCGGUAGAUCUGACUACAUUGAUUUCAGCAACAGAUCUAAGUCCAAGUCAAUCAUCCACCUCAAAACUCGUUAAAGAAAUCAGAACAUUACAGAAUGUUGUUGCUCGCUUUCAUCAAUUACAGAUUAAUGCAGUUGAAUACGCAUGCUUGAAAGCAGUUGUACUAUUUAAGUCAGGUAUGUUUGUGAUCACUGUCAGAAUUGGAAAGACAUUUCUAGUUCGCAUAACUGUACUGCACAACCCUACCUUAUACCAAACAGUCACAUUUUCAUAUCACCUAAUUAUGUUUUACCAUGCAAUAUACCAUAAUCAUUAAUUAUACUAUACCAUGUUAUACCAUGUCGGCUUCUGUAAGUAGAAUACAAGUCAAAAUAUUAAAGCAUCCUUCUUAUGAAAAUAAUUAACCACUUGCACUUUCAGAUCUCCGUGGUCUACGAGCUCCUCACGACAUCGAGAAACUUCAAGAUCAAGCCCAGAUCAUCCUCAAUGAUUAUUGUCAAACACAUGUCAAAUCGCCUGAUAAUGCUCGAUUUGGAAAGCUACUUCUUACAUUGCCUUUACUUCGUUCUGUUAACCCAAAGAUGAUCGAGCAAGUGUUCUUCCGCAGAGAUGGUGAAGUGAUCUCCAUAGAAAAGAUCCUCUGUGAUAUGUUCAAGGCUUGUUGA